UGGAAUACAGUAAGAACGAUGGAAGAUAUUAAUGCCAAGAGAAACGCCAGAAGGAAGAGAAUUUUAGAAAACUCUGAGAAACGUCUCUCAAAAAUUACUGGCAGAAACGAGGAUAACGAAUCGGAAGCCAAGAGUGUACAUUUAGAUUCAUCCAGCGAAAUAUACAGUGCUGAAGAUACGGAACAUGAACCUUUACACUUGAGUGUAAAUAACAAAAUAUCGCAAGGUAUCAAUGGCAGUUCGAAUUGGAACCAUGGAACAAAAAGUUCGUCACUCUUGUUACUGAUAAAUCCUGUAAAUUAUAUAUUAUUAGCAUUUAUCGUCAAUAUACUGCUCUUAUUACAAAUGGACCAUCUAUUUGCAAAGAAAAUCGCGAUACCGUACUUUCCAAUAAUGUUGGGUCGCCUGUACAACUACAAAAAUACAAAAGAAAUGCAAGAGAAUAAUAAUCUGCUGUAUGCUGCCUUGAUUCUGUGCAAUAUCAAGCCCGAGUUGACUUAUCAAUUGAAAAAAUUAAUAACAAUAAGUCAUAUGAUAGUCGGAGAUGUAGCCUUAUAUAUUUUCAGUUUCACGCUAAUAUAUUAUGGAUUCUUUAAUUGUUUGUAUGAUACGGAUAGUCCUGGUACCUUAACUGUAUAAGAUAUAUAAAAUAUAAUUAAAUAAAUUA